CUUGGUGCCAACCGCCCCACCCGCCAGCACCUCUCGCUCGCAUCUUGCCACCGCCAUGUCCAUCCCCGAAGUACCAAAGCCAACCAGCGCACAUGAACUUGAGUUUUACUCCAACCACUUUCGCAAAUAUGAGCUCCUUAUUGAAUACAAGAAUCUCCGAGAGCCCGAGCACUGCCCGACAGGAGUCUAUGUGAUGCCCUCUAUCGACAACAUAUACGAGUGGUACGGGGUCAUCUUUAUCCACAGAGGAUACUACAAAGAAGGUGUUUUCAAGUUUUUCAUCGAGAUCCCUGAGCAGUACCCGUACGCCCCUCCAAGGGUCGAGUUCAUCACAUCGCUAUUCCAUCCGCUUGUCUCGAAAGAUGGCCGAUUCUCCUUGGACCAGCAGUUUGCCACCUGGCGCCCCCGAAUCGACAACAUUUGUCACAUACUGCACUAUAUCAAAAACUCGUUCAAGGAUGCGGUGCUGCAAAACUUGCAAGAGGAAUACUGCUUGAACAAGGAGGCAUAUAGAACAUAUGUGCGUGAUCGACAUGCCUUUGUGAAGCUGGCGGCCCAAGUCGCUCAGGCGUCUUCCUCUGAAAAAUCUGUCUAUGAGCGGAUAGAGGGAAGUACCCUCAACUUUUCAUACAUGACUGACGACGAGGCAGAGACGCUAAGACUCAAGCUCAUCACCAACCAAGGAGCGGUGAGUCUACCCUCGGCUUCUCCAGCGGGAGGACAGAGCGUCUUUGACAAAAUCACAACAAACAUCAACUACUUUUUCACGGGGCAUCCAGAGAAUGGGCAUGGAGGCUUGUAAGGCGGAGACCUGCCGAGGAGCAAAAGCCGACGUGAUUCCUGUAGUCGUCACUCGAUAGCAUUUACACAUUGGGAACCAUUGCCUUAUUUUCUUCCAGUUUAUUGCUUUUUGUUUCAUUCUUGGAGAAUGUUGAUGGAUGCUCGCCAAAAGAUAUUGGGUCUCAUGAUCGUCCCGAAUUCAGGAGGGAUGAUGGGGAAAGACGAGAGUGAUGUGGGGGGGGGGAAAUCCAUGUGCAAUUUUGAUACAAU